AUGAAGACGGGAGCGCUCCUGUGUUGCUUCACUCUGUGCCUGGUCUUGUCCAGUGUAACUUCCAUCAACAACCUGACUAAAAUACAGGAUCUACAAAACACCCAGUUUGGCAGACAAUAUCCCAGACAUGGCCUCUUGCUCCUGCACUGGUUUGCAAACAAUAUUGAAAUUGAUAAUAACAAUGUUAACCUUUUACAUCAGAACCCAAAUCGAGGAGAUUUUGGCUUUCACCGUUAUAGAAACUAUGAAAUUGAUCAAAAUAGCGGCAGAAGUACCUUCCCACAAUGCCCUUCCCUCAGUACGUACUAUAGUGUCGGCAAUAUUAAUAAUGUAGAAGUGCGAUCCAUGUUUCCUUCUUAUGUCACAAGAGAUUACCACACUUCACCAAACAAUCCACUAAGAAACAUUGACAGACUUGUUAUUAGAGUUCAGAACAACAAUCCACGGAGGGUUGAGGAAGUUUAUAUUACGCAGCACUAUAGAGAUAGAAACCGAGGCAGUGGAUAUGACCCAGAGAACACCUAUAGGGUAAGCACAUCACUCCUGCAGCAAAUUCAAAACCUUGCUAAUCAGGACAACAAUGCGCAACAGCUUAAUAAUCUAUAUAGAAGUGAAAGUGGAUUAUCACCAUUUUUGACAGAGACAGGGUAUGACAGAAAUUAUAGAAUCCUUCAAUUUUCGCUAUCCCAAUUCUGCUCAAAUAGCAAAAGCAAAACUUACCGUUUUCCACGUUCAGUCGACCCAAACCUUCAAUGUGAGACACCCAGAGACAUAAAACUAGAAGUCAAAUCUACAUCAAAGGGCUACGCAAGGAUCUCAUGGAGUGAGAUACCAGAGAGCUUAGUGGAAGAUAACAAGAUUGGUCUUUACAAAGAUGACCGAUUACUGACAGAUUAUUCUCUCAAUGGAAAAACUUUUGGAACCGAAGACACAAGCACUUACUUAAAUUCUGGCCUUCAAGUAAAACUUCUGACUUCUGACAAAAAUGAGGUCAUCUGGACAGGUCCAAAGUUUAAUGAUGCCAAUGGUGUUCUUCCUACUGAUCUCAUAGGUAAUGAUGCCAGUCUGCAGCUUUACACUAUAGAUGGCUAUGCCUGUGCACGUCUCUUCAUUAAGAAGUCCUUUACUGAUUGGGAAAAUGUAUUUUACAACUCUUGGGUGGGAUUCUACAGUAGCGCAAAAGAUGCUAAUAAACAGUAUGGAGAAUACCAAUAUGUUGUUAAGUUUAAGAAAAUCACAAAUCAAGAUUUAUCUGAGAAGUACGACAUCCGUGAAUAUAAGUCAGGUGUGGCAAUUGGUCCUGGAGUGCAGGCUCGAUUCCUGUUAGACAAAGGUUACACAAAUGUUGCAGCUCGCACUAAAGCAUGGGAUGGAGUAAUCAGUCCAGUAUGGACAAAUGAUGAAUUACGGAAAUAGUAACACAAAUAAUAUUAAUCAUAAGUUCAGUUCAAAGAAUAAAAAAGCUAAUUACAAAUCACAAUAUUUGAACAAAUUAUGCAUACAAUUAACUUUUGAUUUUUGCUACAUAAUUAGUACUGUAACUUGGGUGUACUUGAUUUCUUA